AUGCCGAACAAGCAGCUCAUAACUGGAAGAGACCUCAGCCGCAAAAGGGCCAGAGAUAAGCAGAACGCUCUGGUCACCCGCGAGCAAACCAAGAAGCUCCUCGACGUCCUCGACCCCUUGACACCUCAGCGCAUAAGGAACUUGGGGGAGCUGAGGGGGAGCUUGCCGUCUCGGAGGACGCUGCUUCACCUGCUGGAGGACCUGGUGACGCACUUGCGGGCCAUGCCGGCGUCGUCUCGGGCGAGCAGGAAGGAGCGAAAGCCCGGCGUGUCGCUGGAGGAAGCGACGGCGAGAGUCAUGUCGAGCCGGAGGGAGAGGAUCGUGUCGGUGGAGCUACCGAGCUGGAGGAUCAAGUGCGGGAGCGUGGGGCUAGAGGGGUACUACGUGCGAUCGCCGCUACGGAGGCUGGAAGGACAGUGCUUCCUCCAUCUGGUCGAGAACGAGAGCCUGGACGUGCUACGAGCGGCUGGGCAGGCGGUGAUGCGGGGCAAGGGGGUGGGGCCCUUCUUCGUAGACCUGCGGACGUUCUCGAGGGAGGGGAUGGUGUGCUUGAACGUGAUCAGGUGUCGGGUGAUACCGGCGCAUGUGUCGUGCAAGGGGGAAGGCGUGUUCGUACUGGAGGCACAGGAGGAGGCGGAGGUGAGGCACGCGUGGCCAGGAGAUCUUGUAGGGAAGUUCUGCAUGGUAGUACGGAGAGACCCGGGGACGUCGAACGCGUGCGCGUACGACAUCGACCAGGCGCUGAGGGGGCUGGUAUCAGAGAGCCGAGUUCCAAUGAUGGAGGCGCUGAAGGUGUUAUCGACGGAUCACGCGUCACAGAGCAUCAUGGAGAGAGUACGAGGAAGCAUGCAGACCAUAGGACGAGCUUUCUUUGUGUGUAUGGCCAAGGUGACAGACACGCACUUAUCGCUGGGAAUGGACGAGGAGAACAAUUUCUACAUCAACUUCCACAUCCGGAUGAGGCUGCCUCAGCUUGUCGGAGGCUUCAAGUCGAACUGGAAAAGAGUCAUGAAGCUUUCAUUGAGCGGAGCCGCGACAGAGCUGAGCGAUGAGAACACGAAGGUCUAUGGUUUCGUGGUCUCCAAAGUUGGAGAGGAGUCACUCUACACGACAUUGUUGUACCUGCACUCGUCGACGGGAAUCUGCUACUUCUCUCGGAGGUUCACGACCACGCCUAUGGGGAUACAGCAGAGUGUGCGGGUGUUUCGAGACGGAUCCGACGAGGUGAGAAAUAUUCGUUAG